GACGGUUUCCUCCGACGAGGCCCUUGCGCUCUACCACACCGCAUCGGCGUUCACUGAAAAGUCACGCUGAUAUAGGGGACCCAGCGUAACCACCUUUUACCCAUCUAGCUAGAAGCGCAUGUCGGACAUCGUACGGGAGUGUUCAAGACCGGUCUCUGUCUAAUCCUCCCUGCGCCUUCAUUGUUUUUGCUAGUCGCAAUGCCCCUCUCUCAUCUUGGUAUUACUCUGCCUGGCCUGUAUGACAGGUCACCCAUCUUUGGACCUGCCUCCUCGGGCAACGCGGGACCGAGCGAUGGCCAAGGCAGCUCGAGCUCGUACGGCGACCAAAGGGGUCUGACUGCCGCUCCUGGCUGCACGGGGAUCUGCACUGCUCAGGGCAGGCGAUGCCAUCAGUGCCAAGGUGCGCCAGUCUCUGCAAGCAGUCAGUCCUCCGGAUCGUCCUACGCAGGCGGCAGUCUCUUCAAUAGGAGCCACGCACCAGCCGGUAUUGGCGCUGGGCAGGACUCUCAGUCCCCGCUCUUCACCUCAUCUGCCUUGUACUCGGCCUCGCCAUCCGGAUCCACCUUGUCACCCAGACAGGCCGCCUUCCAGUCUUCCAAUUACCCUCGAUCUGCAUCGAGUACGAGCCUCGCCCUCGCUGGCGCUGAACCGCGUGGACAGCAGCUCGGCUCUAGCUCCAAUUCCAGAAUGGGAUUCCCUCAGCAGCCAUCCCUCAAUCGAAAUCUCUCAGGGCCGCCCUACGAAGCAUCACAAUCACGCGGUUCGCCCACUUCUGCUUACCCCUCGGGAGUUCCAACAAUGCAAGGAUGGCAUACCAAGGAUCAGGCGUCAGUCCCAUUCAUCAACGUUGCGGGCUACCCUCAAGAAAGUGCACCCUCCUCGUUCCAACCAUGGUCGGGUCUGGGCGCCGCUCAAGGAAGCAUGGAGGGUAGCGUCAGCACGGAGUCAAGCCUACCGCCUUCCUCGUCGUCGUCCUCCAACUCUACAUCACCUCAGCAAUAUCAACACACUUCGCGCUACCUCGACUAUCCUGGCUCGUCGAGCUCAGGCUCAUCCUCCCUGCCGAGUAUGUAUCAACCGAGAAGCUUGCAGGGCAGCGCAACCAACCAAAACGUCACCUUACCUGACCUCUUGUCUCCGUCGCCAUGGUUCUCAGAAGCGGUACAAGCAAGAGACACCUACACGACACCGGUCAGCUCCAGUAUGGAGUACUACCCACCGCAAAGUGAUCGCAUGUACCUGCAACCGCAUCAAUCGCAGCAAUACCUUAGCCCUGGCCAGUAUGGCGGUCCAAUCCCCUCUGGUGCAACAGGAGCUGCUGGACCCGUUCCAGGGACCGCAUUCGGUUCGGUCAAUGACGUACCCGCACUUGCCGGUAGCAGCAGUGGUGGUACUGAUCCGGUCAGCAGUGGCUAUGGCGGAUGGACGAGCGUGGACAGCUUCCAUCACCCUACCUCUACCGUGAUGAGCCCUUCGGGUCGAGCACUGCUGCAGAGUUCUAGCAGCGAGGGCGCCGAAGACUUUGUGGGUAGCCGUAGAUCCGACUUUGACAAUGACGAUGCUAGGUGGGAAGGAGUGGCCAAUCGAUCCCAUCAUGCAGACAGGUACUACCUCUACGGUGCAUCGACAACUCACAUCUACUGUCGUCCAUCGUGCGCCUCCAAGCGUCCCACACGCGACCGCGUUCAGUUCUUCCCCCACCCCAACGCAGCCGCGGCGGCCGAGGCAGCGGGCUACCGUAGCUGCCGACGCUGCAAGCCUGAUCGGUCUGGUGGGGGAGACCAGACGGUGGUGGCGGUCGGUGAAUGCGUGAGGCACAUGAUGAUGGCUGCCACCAACUCGGCCGAGGAAGGUGGAGAGCCAAAGAAGAAGACGCUCAAGGAGUAUGCUGCAAGAGCAGGGCUCAGCACGUUCCACUUCCAUCGCUCUCUGGCUAAAGUCAUGUCGAUCACACCCGGAGAAUUCUCUAAAGCAUGCCAAUCGCUAGCUUUACAAAACGCCCUGGGCAUGGACAGUGCUCCUCCGGGUACAGGUCGCAUCACCUCUCGAAUGUACGACGCAGCCCUCGCAGGCUGGUCCAGCCGUCGUGCGAAGCGUGCAUUGGGCAACGUCGAGCCCAGUGCAUACGCCAGCGGUGAUGCUCUUCAAAGCAUCGUGAGGACUAGUGUACGAGGGACCGAGUGGGGUAACAUCUCCAUUGUGUAUACGUCCCCUGCUGGUCAUGGGAUCACGACGGUCAGUGGCGCCACUUCACCCAGCAUUCUGCACACACCUCCCAAUUCGCAACAUCCCUCCGACCGUAGACCAAGUCUCUCUCCUCUGAGCGGUGGCCACGGACAAAGCACCAAUGGCGAUCGAGUCCUCCUGGCCCUAAUGAUAUCCAUGGACGCAGAGCAGCGGUUAGCCAUCCGCUUCCCCGCAGCCAUUGUAGGGGACGGAGCAGCGCAGGAGGAGCUUCGCAACCUCGUCAGCAGUCUCGCCCAGACGGGCGUUCGCGAAGAACAGCUUCCACCCGAGACGGUGCCCAGCAUUCGUCGAGCCCGACUUUGGGCCGCGACUAGACUCAGGCUUACUGCCAGCGGUGGGGCGGGAGGCAGCAGUAGUGGCUACCGGGAUCAUGAUGCCGGUAGGCUCUCUGGAUCGAGCUCUGCAGGGGAACAUGCUGCUAGCCUGCGAAGGGCUACUGGACAGAUGAUGCCUGUACCUCUGGACGGACCUUGAGAUCCGAGGCUGAGACCAGACCUCUUCUUUGUCUCUCCCUCUGUCUGCGUCUCGCCGGGCUGAUUGGACACGUCGCGUUCUUGGCUCCUUGGCAUCUUGGCAACUCGACUUCUUGGCACACGGGAAGUGGCUAUCUAAU